AUUAUUAAUAUUAAUUUUUAUACACGCUACACGGAAGUUCUGCCCCUCCCAGCUGAGCAGCCACUGUUUAUAGCAGCAGUGGACGUGAGAAGGGCUCUGCAGGCAAUCAGUCCCCGGAAGCUGGCCGGGCCGGGAAACGUACCAGGCCAAGUACCCGGAGACUGCACCCAGUUCACUCACAUCUUCAACACUAAGACUGCUGUCCCCGUAUGCUUUAAAUCGGCCACCAUAGCAAAGAGCUAUGAAGAGCUUUGAAAAGUUGGUCAUGGCGCGAAUUAAAAAAACCAUUCCUGCCACACUGGACACUCAGCACUAUGCUGACCAACAGGACCGCUCUAUGACAAAUGCCAGAGCGUCUGUAACGCAGCCGGCUCUGACACAGCUCGACAAGGCACUUUCAUCAGAUUGCUCUUUCUGGAUUUCGGGGCAGCGUUCAACACGGGUGAAGAAACUCCCACUCCUCGUUCCUGUUCUACUCUGACUCUGGGUGUUGGACUUCCAAACCGACGGAGCUCAGACAGUCCGGAUGCACAGCCGCUCCUCCCUCCUCAUGUUUAACACGGCCCCCUGCCCCAGGGCUGUCUGCUCACACAGGACUGCACGGUCAAACGCACGAGGUCAUCACCAUCAACGACGAGACGGGCAGGUGGAAGAGGCUCCAGGCAAACGACAAUGACAACAAAAGAGAUGGUAAACUACCCCAGCAUCACUCACACCCCUCUUUACAUCAGCAGUGGAAAAUGUGUGAAGUUUCAAACUCCAGGGAGCGCAUGGUCCCAGAACACAUCCUCUACCUUCUGAAGAGUCAUCAGGGUGACAUAUUCUGAAAGGUGCUGGUAAAAGGCCAGUAACAUCACUGAGGAUCCCAUCCACGGCGAGACCAGCAGAUUCAAACACCGUAACUUCUCCCAAAGCAGCCAACCCACCCUAAUGCCCCCAAUCAGCGCUGUUUUAUUACUUCCUGGACAUACAAUCCAUGUAUACAAACUAGCUUAUGUAUCUGUAUUUCGGUUUCUAUUGUCGCGUUUCUUAUCUUUUAUAAUCGGACCUAGAGUUCAAUUUUUUUUUGCACUGGUAUACGGGAAAUGAGAUGAAAGAAUCUUGAAUAAGCUGGUUAUUUACACCCUUAGUUACCGCUAACCCUGUCUUUGCCAGAUAGGGGUCGGGACAAGGGCGGGGCUUGGUGGUUGAUUGACAGGAGGAGAGAGGCAUCUUUGCGUCAUGGAAACAAGGGAAAGGGGCGGGGUCCGAAGUUGAUUGACAGCGGGUUGAAAGCUGCUGCCCGGCGUCGGCUGGUUACGGGUCGCGCUUGGGGCUCCGCCCGUCGGCCGCGAUCUCGAAAUGGGCGGCGGCAGUGGCAGUGGCAGCGAUAGUGGCGGAGGCUUCUCCGCUUGAGCAGUGGUGAUGCCGGCAGCGGGAGUUUGAUGAAAAGCCCCGAGAGCGCGGCGGCUCCGGUCACGGAGCUGGAGCCCGGACCCGGCCUGAGGGAGAUGACGGGCAACCUCCGGCUGAGGGAGCCGAGCCCAUGUCCGGCAGCAUUCCAGCCCGAGGCCGCGGACCUACGCCCGGCCUCCAGCUGCAGGCCCAUCCCCCGGCUGAUCGUGACCCAGGACGAGUCGCUGGCCAGGGUCGAAGGGGUGGCCGAGGACGAGGAGUCGCCGUCGUCGGACAGUGGCUGCGGCGGCUCGCCCGCCCCGUCGCUGCUGCUCCGCAAGUUGUCGGGCUCGUCGCUGUCCUCGGCCGGACACUCGUCCUCCUUCGAGGAGUCCGAGGACGACUUCAGCCCCUGCAGUGACGCCGAGGGUCAGCAGCCGCAGUACCUGAGCCUGGACGACGGCCUCGGGAACAAGUCGUGGAAGAAGCUGAAAACGAUGGUGCACUGGUCCCCAUUUGUUGUCUCCUUCAAGAAGCGCUAUCCAUGGGUGCAGUUAGCAGGACAUGCAGGGAACUUCAAAGCUGGAGAUUAUGGUAAGAUCCUGAAAAAGUAUUGUGAGUGUGAGCAUCAGUGCCUGGAGUCCCUGAUGAAGGAUCCACUGCUGCGCCCCUAUGUGCCUGGCUACUAUGGAGUGGUGGACAAAGAUGGAGAAAGUUAUAACCAGAUGGAUGACUUGUUGUCGGAAUUUGAUUCCCCUUCAAUCAUGGACUGCAAGAUGGGAGUGAGGACCUACCUGGAAGAGGAGUUGACCAAAGCUCGUGAGAAGCCCAAGCUCCGGAACGAUAUGUAUGAGAAGAUGAUAGCAGUGGAUCCAAAUGCACCCACAGAAGAGGAGCAUGAGAAGAAGGCCAUUUUGAAGCCACGUUACAUGCAAUGGCGGGAGACGCUUAGUUCUACUGCAACACUAGGAUUCAGGAUAGAAGGCAUCAGGAAGGCUGAUGGGACAUGUAACACAAACUUUAAGAAAACCAAACUCAAGGAGCAGGUUACGGCAGCACUGGAAGAUUUUGUGGACAACAAUAAAAACAUUUUGAGAAAGUAUUUGACAAGAUUAAAAGACUUGAGGAUUGCGUUGGAAGGCUCAGAGUUUUUCAGGACUCACGAGGUGGUGGGAAGUUCCCUUUUGUUUGUCCAUGAUGACUCGGGGAUGGCCAAAGUUUGGAUGAUCGACUUUGGGAAGACAGUACUGUUACCCGAUCAAGAGACACUGAACCACAGGGUAGCCUGGGUGGAGGGUAACCGGGAGGACGGCUACCUGUGGGGACUUGAUAACCUCAUCAAUAUCAUCAGCGCGAUGGUGAAGGAGUGACUCAUUGUGGCAGCCCUCUUGGGCAUUCCGUUCACAGCUGGUCUUUUGAACAAUGCACAGUCUCUGCACAGGGAGUGCUUCUUGUCUUGGGUAGUAUUUUUCUCACCUCUAGGCAGGAGUGAUGUUCGCUGCGUUAGCCAGGAACACAAGCACACCUGGGAGGAUGUGGAAGGGGUGCUCACUGGAAAUGGGAGGGUUGGGGGAAGAACUGAGUGGGUUUAAACAUGGGUGAACAAACCCAGGUCAAGGGUGUGCCUGUGAUCUGCGGGGGUUCUGUGUGCUGCGGCCAAGUUGUGAAGGUGUCGCUCCUGAGCAUGGCACUGAGCCUCUGACCUCGGGUGAAGUGAGAGGCAAGACUGCGAUUUGAACUUUAAGCUGCAGUGACGACGACUGGCAACAACCAGGCAUUUUGGGGCUUCAGGACAACUGGCUGAGUCAGUGAACUUUCUUUAAUCUGCAACUGAAGAGGAAACACUGGAGAGAUGCAGAGCUAUCUCUGAUUUUAAUUCCUAGGUUUGCAUAAUAUAUUUUUUUAAAAGCUGUAAAACUGUUCCGAAAACCACUCAGAGGUCAAUCACAUGUAUAUGCAUUUGAAAUAUUUUCCUGUUCUUGCUCAGUUUGCCUUGUCUGUGACAUGCUGUGAUGCAAUGGAUUCACAUUUCCUAUUGCUUUACACCUUUCCCCUACUCCAGACAAGUUCAGGGGAGUUGUUAGUGGCCUGCUGUCUGAGUGUUGAGGCCAAGGGCAGGGCAGUCGGAGUCCGUACUUAGUGCAAGCUAGGUGAAAUUGCCCGAGACAAGUAUUCUUAGAGUUCAUAGUGAAACAUUUUAUGGAUAGUGUAAAUUUGUAAUAACAUGUUUAAUUUUUUAUUAAGUUUUAUUGAAAGAAAACUAACCUGUAAGCUGAAGUUGAAUUUUAAACGGGUGGAGUUGAGUAGAAAAAGAUUUUCAGAGUGUUUAUGGUGAGACUAUGGGCUCUGUUCCAUUGCAAUUCUAUUCUGUAGCUAGUGAGAACUCCAUCCGAGCUGGUCAGUAACACUGGAGACAUGGCAUGCUGUUGAGCUUGCAGACUACACAAGUCCCAUUUCAAGAUUUGGGCAACAAGCUUCUGAAUAAGCCCAUCUCGAGAUCACAGGGUUAGAGAAGACUCAUUCUCAGGUCUUAAAUCCAUUGAGCACAGCAUUUAACCUGAGGAGCCUUCACCAUAAUGUUGCUCUGAAAUUUUCCCCGCCAGUAGAUUCCACUGCUCAAGCUGGUUGCUCAUGUGUUUUGAGUGGGUGCAGAGUGCAUUCUGUGGGUGUGGAUGCAGGUGGGGGCAGGGGGAGAAGAUGUUUGACAUUUUAGUUAAUCCCUUUAUGAUAACUUUUAAAAUGUUUUGAAUUCUGGAAUAUUUUAAAUAAGUUGACAUUAUCUGUGAGAAAUACCAAUUUUUAUUAUUAAGGAUUUUUACAAAUCUAAUUGUUAAAUGCAGGCACUGUAUUUGGUGCUGAGGGUGGAUCUGUGUCUUUGGUACUGAUUUAUUUCCGUGUCUUAACUGAGUCGCAUUAAGAGCUGUUCUUCGCUGAAACAUCAUUCCUGGGUGCAGACUACAGAGUCAAAGUUCAGUUUAGCAGAUAACUGGAGGUUAAAAAAAAAAUCUUAUUGAACAGAAACUUGAGAAUUUUGUUUCUCCUGUAUUCUGCUCCCCAACACGUGCUCUGUUGCCUCAGGUCAGCCGCUGUGUAACCCUGGUCAGUAGCCGUGAGAUGCUGUUGCAAAGAAGCUGAGUGUCAGGCAUAUAGGGAUGCCAAGCUUCAUUUUAAAACCAAAUUCAUUGGUGGCUAGGUGUACUAUGGGAGAAUGAGAGUCAUAGUAAAGCAAAAUAAUAAUGUGGCACUCUACCAUUUGUAUUAUGUAUCCCCCAAAAACACAAAAGGGAUUGAAUAGUGAAGCAUGCAUGGCCAGCCAAAUGACCUGAAUCUUCUCCUGUAUCUUAUGGAAGUGAAUGACAAACACAGUACUUCACCAUUCCCAACACCAUUCCCAACUGCCUUCCCCAUAACUUGAGUGCUUCACUUCCACAUUAGGCCUGGUUGCAGAGGUUGAUUAGUAAGAGUGUCAAAGGUUAUGCGAAGGCAGGAGAAUGAGGCUAAGAGGGAAUGGCGGAGCAGACUCGUCUAAUUCUGAUCUUUUGUCUUAUGGGAGAAUUGACAUGAAGCAAAGUUUGAGUUAUCACUGGGCAAAGUGACGCAUUAUCAAAUGUCUUUAUUUCAACUUUCUUCUUCCCAGGUGAAGUUUAGAAUCUCACUGUUGGAAAUGUAUCUCAUUUUGCAUCUCCACUGAAAUCUCACAAAUUGAUCCUGCUGAUUUUUGAUGGUAGUUCAGCCAUUGUAAAUAACUGGGGCUGCUCAUCUUGUUUGGGGAAGUCCCCAUCUUGUUAAUGCCCAUUAUCUGUAAAUUGAAUAGUAAAUGCAAUGUGCCUGAAAUGAAUACUUCUUUAUGCAUUUUUGUUUGUGGCGGUAAGUUCUACCUUGAGGAUUGAACACUGAUUCAAUGCUGAGGGAGGGAGUGGUCGUAGAGUGGGAUUUUAACAAGUGGAGCUCGUGUGUUAUGCAGGGUUUUUAAAAAAUAGGAUCUUUUGAGAUUUCUUUACACAAGUUCCUAGGAUCAGAGCACCCCUCUUCAAGAAAACAGUUAAAUAGGAUGAGGCUUUGCCUGUGGAUUCUCCUUUCAACAUCUAAUCAUAUUUAUAGAGUGUCCUUAACAUCCUGCACUUUGAAAAAACAGGAAGGAUUAUCAAAUAAAACUUUAAUUUUGAGCCACAAAGGGUGAUGGACAAGUUUAAGCGUAUGAAGGGGCGGACAGGGAGGGAGUUCCAGUGCCUUGCCUUGCCUCAUCAAAUGGCUGAAGGUGGAACAAUGAAACUUGAGGUUGAUUAUUAUAGCUGCUGCUUUCCUGUUUCAGGACCUGCUAAUUCUGGUAUAGCUUGGUCUCCUCUACAUUUCUUUGUCCAUCAACAAAGAUUUCUGUUCAAAAUUGGCCAUUAAAUCACUAUUAUAUUGGGGUCAAGAUCUGCAACAUUGAAGGAGGUGUUGCCUGGAUGUUGCUUGUCAACCUCCACUUUUUCCAGGUUCCUCCAUUCAGUUCAGAUGGCAAAGUUUUGAAAAUUCCAGUCUCUCACUUCUGUGCACUGCAUUUAACAUUUGAGUGAGUCCAGCCUUUCAGUGCUCAAGGAGAGAAACUGCAUUGUGGAGCCUCAGUGAUGCAGGUUUAACAGGAUUCUUAUUUCUUGCAGAUUAUUAUCCUAUCACUGAGUCACCUCACUUCCUGGGGCACUGAGCUGACUGAACUGGCCACACACCUGCCUGUGACUCAGUAUUCUAUUCCUCAUUAAACAGUGAGCUACAGCCUUUCAUUUCAAAAUUUGAAAUCGCCUCUUCUGAUUUUCAUUACACUCAAAUCUUUAUUGUUUACAAAGCUAUCUUUUUAAAGAACGUCAUCCCACUCCCUCUUUGUAUUUUCAUUAUGUAUUUAUAAACCAUUACUGGACAAAUACUGGAAGUGCAUGUUUAAUUUAUAUUGCAUUAAAAAUUGUAUUGCUGGUUUAAUUUCCA